GCAGCAGGUAGUCUGUCGUCGGCGGCGGGGCUCGACGGUAAACCUACUCGACCAACAACGCACACACAGCUAUGCGGUCGAAUGAGGGGACAAACUGGGGGAAUUGCCCGCUUUAACCUCGCUUCAGCCCCGAGGAACGUUCCGCGAAGGAUUGGAGCCUCUUUAACCGCAUCGAGGAGGACGUUAGCGGGCUCGGAAGCGACCCGGGUUUGGAUAUUUCCCUGAUUUAAUCCCUCGGUCACAUCCGUAUUCCCAGCCGUCAUUCGGGAUUGGAGUGACAAUGCUUGUUUAAAUCUUUUCUACCCGCUUUUAGAGGCCUUUUUUUUUUUUUUUUUUUUUGCUAGUACCGCAUUGUAUAUUUUAAAAAUUAAUAACCCCGCCAUGGUGGACUCCAUGAGGAAGACUUUUGUAGUCCCCGAUAUCAAGCCAUUGGAUUUGUACGACAGCACUAAAGCCAAAAUAUGCUCCAGUGUCGCCUGGUUGUUGGCGAGGUCCUACGGCAGUGCAGAAAAUGUCCCCGCAGAGCUACGAGACCCCUUUUACUGUGACCAGUAUGAGCAGGAGCACCUCAAACCGCCCGUCACGCGCCUCCUGCAGUCGUCUGAGCUUUACUGCCGCACCUACAGCCUCCUGUUGCUGGGCGCUGGUCACACUGAGGCGCAGCCCAAAGACAACGCUGCCCUGCUGGAGCUACUCGCCGAGCGAGGCCUGGUGACCAAAGAGCCCGACUCACCAGUGACCGACGCAAACCUGCGACAUAAGCCCAUCGAAAUGAGUGCUCACCUGGCCGUGAUCGACGCCCUGAUGGCCGUGGGAGCCUCGGAGACAGUGACUUCGGUGAAAACGGGUGCUGCAAGAGAGCUCCUGGGCGGGGCUUCGCGCUGGGAAGAUGCUCUGCUGCACUGGGUUAAAGCGCUCAACCAGAAGCUGAGGGAAUCCACAGAGGGAGCCCAAAGUGAACAAACACCUCAGGCCAUCACAGAGAGUGAGCUCCAACCCCUUCAACCCGCUCUCCGCUACAGAAAAGAUAAAGUUCAGUCCAAACAGAAUCCCUUUUUUCCAGUGGUGAAUGAAGUCCGAGACCUGUCUAAUGGCUGUGCUAUCGCCGCUGUCGUACAUUACUACUGCCCCGGCCUGCUAAGACUUGAAGACGUUUGCAUGAAGGAGACCAUGUCUACCGCUGACAGCUUGUACAACUUGCAGUUCAUCCGGGAGUUCUGUGACAGCUGUCUAAAGAGCUGCUGCCACUUGGCCCUGGAGGAUGUGCUGUACUCACCAGACGAGCUUCGGCUGAACACGCUGAGCUUUUUAGCAGAGCUGCUAAACUGGUUUGAAGUACAAAGGCCAGACUUUGUUCAGCCAGUGGACACAUUAGAGGGCUCCACACCAACGACGCCUCGCGCUGUGAGUGGCAACAGCACUUCUCCGUCUGUCUUCAGGAAGCCCUUCCUCCCAAUUUCCUCCCCUGCAUCAGGGUCUUUGAAUCAGUCUACCUCAAUGUCUCAUUUAGAAGGAGUUGGAAAGACGUGGAGCAAGAAAAGUCGCCCCCUGUCAGCGGUAUCCUUCAGCAUUCCUUUCGGCCUGGACAGUGACGUGGACAUUGUGAUGGGCAACCCUGUGAUAACACGAUCAGUGAGCUCGGACCAGCUCAACCCAACGAGCCCGAAGGUGACUCGGUCACACUUCACGCCUCCAGAGCACCCGAGCAAACCGGCUGCUUCUAAUGGCGUCCACAGAGCCUCCUGGUCCACCCAGAGUCCCAAUCACCCAAUAUUAGCGGAGAAUGGCAUCGGUGCGACGGAAACGGGCGAGCUGCCGACCAUCGAAGAGGCCCUUCAGAUCAUUCACAACGAGAGAAAGAUGGAGCCUCGCUUACAUCCCGACGGCGCUCCCGAUGGCUUCUACCUCCACUCUCCGGACGACCCCACCAGUUCAAGUCAUCACAGAAACUCUGCGCCCGUCAGCUGCUCCGCCCCGACGCACUCAGGAAUGAUGCACCGGCCUGUGAGAGAGUCCAAAGAGCCCACUCGAACCAGAAACACUUCUGAAUGCUCUCGUGAUGACGACUCGGUCUUAAGAGACGGCAGCGUGGACUCUGAUGCAUCGGAGGACACGCCCCGGGCUCAGUCCACUCCCAGCACACCCGGAGCGAGCGCCCUCUCGGCUAGACGCAGUAGUAAGGAGGGAUCGGACAGCGGCGUGAAGAUGACCAGCUUUGCGGAACGCAAAAAGAAACAAGGUGAAGAUUCUCAAAAAGCCAGCGACCCCUCUGUUCCCCGCGCGACCACGUGGGACGUGAAGUUUGAAGAAAGCCCCAGCAAGAGCCCUCAGCUCAAUAAUGAGAUGUCAGAGCUCGGGGUUCGUCUCGAGGAGAAGCGGCGGGCUAUCGAAGCCCAGAAGAAGCGCAUCGAGGCCAUCUUUGCGAAGCACCGGCAAAGGCUGGGCAAGAGUGCCUUUCUACAGCUGAAGAAGGAGCAGCACGAGGAGGACGGCGAGGCUGAAGGAGGCCAGUUCAGCACCUCCUCCACCGAGGAAGACCUCGCUCACUUGACACUGGAGGAACGGCUGGCCAGCAUCGAGGAUGAAGAGCAGCCCCCCUCUGUGGAGCAUGAAAGUCAUGUUAAAGGGGGACUUGGCCACACCAAAGAGAAGGCAAGUACGCCUGGUGAAAAAGCGGCAGCACCGCUUGGGGACUACAACAACGCUGUAUCCAAGCUGACUGCAGCCCUCAGUUCGCUUCAAAGUGACAUGCAACGGCUCACCGAGCAGCAGAACCAACUCGUUCAGAAGAAAGUUUCCGGCAACAAAUCUUGGGUCAUACCGCCGAGCCCCAAGACUUCCACCCCGACCCCCUCCCCCGCGCGCCUCUCACGGGAAUCCACCCGGGACUUCAAUGCGGCCUCCUCGUCGCCAUCCCGCAAGCUCACAAACCACAUCGCUCCUCCAAAGUCUCCUCAAGCGGUCCAUCGUAGAACUCAUUCCAUGCCCCCUAAGAGCCCCAAACACGGUCACCCCUCAGAGGGAAGACUCCCGGCCCUGUCGAGGGUCAUUAAUGCACCGCAAAGUGUCGACCGCAUUCCACACCUUCGGCGUGUGAACCCCUCGCAAUAUCAAAUCCAGACGUCCUCCUCGUUCUCCAUCGGUGAUUCUGUGAGCUUUGAUGAACUUCGCUCUUUGACAGCCACUCCCGUUUCCACAGCGACGCUCACCCCUGCGCCAACGCCCACCCCGACUCACCGUCCUCCCGCGGACGACGCCCUGUCCGAAGCAGGCUCCACCGACUAUGAAAGUAUAUUCAGCUUGGACAUGGAACCGAGGCCCUCGCAUGCAAACAGGAAGGAGGGGGCGGCAGGGGGGGGCUCCAGCUCCGGUGCACCGUCGGAGUGCUCCUUUGAGAGCGACGCCCCACCGGCGGCCGUGAACGGCAAACCGAGUAGCCUCAUCGAGGUCUCGUUGUCUUCUCUGCAAGGCGAUGCAGAAGAGGAGGACCAAAUCCCCGAUCCUUUCUCCGACCUCGUGAAUGACAAGGCCGACCCGGAGGCGAAAGGAGGGGUCGGCUUCUUCUUCAAGGAUGAAAAGGAGCGACCGGAGGAUGAGAUGGCGCAGAGAAGAGCUGCCUUGCUGGAGAAACAGCAGAAGAGAACAGAGGAGAUGAAGAGACGCAAGCUGGAGCAGGAAAAAGAAUCAAACAAGCCUCAGUGGAUGAUCAUCGAAGGCUGGGGCAAUAAGAGUGACGACAGGUCUCAGACCCCCGGCACCCCUCCAGCGUCGCGCACCCCCCUGGCCGAGGGAACCCCCCAGCGCAGGGGAGACUUCACGCGGCAGGAGUACGAGCGCAGACACCAGCUGAAGAUCAUGGAGGACCUGGACAAGGUGCUCAGGCAAAAGCCCACCACGGUGCGCGGUGUCAAGAAGCAGAGACCCAAGACCGUGUUCAGGGACGACUCUGCACUCGCGCAUAGCCCAGUCAAGGGUCUUCUGGGCAGCAGGUUGAACAAAGUCUACUCCCACUCCACGAUGAACUUGUCGUCCAUGGCGAAUGACUCUGGAGGCUUGACUGUCAGGAAAUCUUCCAGUCGUUCGCACUCUCCCUCCCGCCUCAUGUCGCCAGGACGAAUGAGUGCUCAUAAUGGAGACAGGGACUGGGAGAACGGCUCCACGGUUUCAUCCUCUGCCUCCAUUCCCGAGUACACGGGACCAAAGCUGUAUAAGGAGCCAAGCUUUAAGUCCAACAAGUUCAUCAUCCAUAAUGCUAUCUCCCGCUGCUGCCUGGCCGGCAAGGUCAACGAACCCCAGAAAAACAAGAUUGUAGAGGAAAUGGAGAAGAGCACAGCCAACCACUUCCUCAUCCUCUUCAGGGACUCCAGUUGCCAGUUCCGCGCCGUGUACACCAUGAACCCCGAAACGGAGGAGAUGUCACGCCUCACCGGCAUCGGCCCGCGGGUCAUCACGCUGGACAUGGUGGAGUCCAUCUACAAGUACAGCUCCGACCGCAAGCUGUUCACCGCCAUCCCGUCCAAGACCAUGUCCAUGAGCGUGGACGCCAUCACCAUCCCCGGACACUUCUGGCAAAAGCGCCCGGGAACUCCCAAGAAGCUCAGCGCCCCAAAAUGAACACGAUAUUGCUAUUCAGGUUUUCUAUUCUGGCCAGUUGGGGAAACGUCGUCUUGCUUUUUUUUUUUUUUUUUUUUUUAUAAAUAGUUUAGCAGCAGACAAACGGAGUGACUGAGGACCAUGCAAACAAUUAAGGCUAUGUGCCAAUAAAACGGAUGAAUCCUUUCGAUUGCUUCCCUUACAGUUCCUGGAUGGACGAUUGUACAUGGAAAAAAAAAACCCAGUUCAGUUGCUGUGGGGGAUUUUGUGUCUUUCCUCACGCUCUGCCUCCUUCAUGCCUUUUGCCUUUCCAUGGCUCGAGACUCAAGAUAGGACAACCUGACUGCCUUGCCUUGGUGCAACAGUAUUUAAGCCCAGAGUAGUUCGAUCCCACGCUUCUCAUUCCUGCUUCCUUUUUUUUCGCUGCCUUUUUGUCUCUCGAGGGCUCGCUCGCUAUAUUCACAGAGUUCACAUCUGGAAAAGACGUCUCUCGUAUGAAUGUCUGCCACGCACAGCCAUGGAAGUGAUGCGCGUGUGUGUGUGCGAGUGAGAUUCCGCCAGCCGUGCACUCGACUCCUUCUGCUGUAAGACAUCUGGAUGUUAAUUUUGCACUCGUUUGCUGGAUGACUUUUCCUCGAUUGACACGUGGUGCACUUUUACGGAGAAACACAACUGGAAAGGAAACAAUGAAGGAGGGCUACUUUUUGUACUCUGCUAACCAGUGCUGAUUUGACACAAAAUGAAUGCUGAUCACUUUCCUUUCGAGAAUAAUUUGCUUACAAAUAAAAGCUGCAUAUUUCCCUUUUGUAAGAAUAAGCUAGUCUGCUGCUUAAGCGUUGGUUAGAUGUGCGUUUGGCAUCAAAUGCGUGUGUGAGAAGAGACUUUUUGUCUCCAGGGAUUCUGUUUAUUACCAUAAAUUGAUUCCCUUCUUUUUUGUCCAGGCUUCUUGAUGAAGGAUUAUUCCGGACUGUAGCAGCCCUAAAUCUAAGCCACUCAGUCUAUUUAGACUCCAUGUAAAACUGGGGGAAUGUAAAAUGGCCACAUUUUUACUAUUACACUACGUAGUUGCCAGUGAUUUAGUUGCCACGGUAAAUUGGCCCCCAUUAUCUUCCUUCUGCCGUCUCUUUAAAAUCACUGGCUGCCUCCAACACGUGUUGAUAUUAAUGACAUUUAAAUAGGGCUGUAAAGACAGGAAAAUAAACAAAAAAGGCAAAAAAACAAGAAUGUGUGCACGUACUAUGGAUGUGUGUAUUUAUUUGUUUAUCAAGAGUAGUAUGUGGUUACGCAGUAACUUUAUUUUGAUUCUGUGCAAUCCUCCCUCUUAAAAUCCUUGCCAACCGGGGGUGUAUUUAUUUAGUUUGCUUUAGAGUUGAUGUUUAAUUUCAGGUUCUACUGAUGUAUUUUUGUCGGUUCGGGUAGUAUAUUUUUUUCCUCUUCCCCUCUCCUGUAGUCAUAACACUUUUUUUUUUUUUUGGGCAUCAUCAAAUCUAUGCCAGUACGUGUGUUUAUUUCAUUCAUCGACUCUCCUUGGCGUCAGGACCAGAAUAAAAAUCAUUUUUAAAUCAUUGUCA